ACCAGCCAUGUUGACGAUGUUGAACUGAUGCUUGAACGGGAAUUUAUGACUAUGCAUAUUCGAGGCAGAAUGACCGAUGUUGUAUUGAUAAUUACCUUUAUAACUCUUUGUUAUGUCAUGAUUUGAACAUAUGAUAAACUGAGACAAGUACGUUGUGCUAUCAUUCUCAAGUUCUUCUUAAAACCACGAUUGAAAAGAAGAGAUGAAGUAUCACAUUUUGUUUUGUGUUUUACCGGCGCUCUGUGUCGCUAAGGUUGCAGGUACGUUAUAUCAAAAUUGUUUAGCUGUGUUGAGUUGUGUGAGGCAGUGUAGAAACACAAUAAGGUAUUGGCCUUUUGGAACAAGUUGUAAAAGCGUUUUGUACACAGAACUUUCGAGUGUAAUUUGUAUACAUUUAUUGAAAAUGCAACUAUAGGCCUUCUGGAACCCGGGGGCCCUGCGGUUCCGGUGCAGCGCUUUAACCAACAGAGGCCAGCUGUCGAGCUCUACCCACAAAUUCAAUCUUUUGGAACAGCCUUCAGCAAUAUGCAUAUUUUCACCCAUAAAAACCCUUCAAUAUAAUUCUGCUCAAUUUUCAUUAAAUAAAAGUGUUUUUCAUGUUUAAUUUAGAGCAGCAUAUCGUGCCAUCUGUUCAAAACGAAGUCGAGGCCAGGGUUAUUGGCAUUGGGGAGUCCGAAGCAACACAAAAACAGCGUGAUGAUCAAAUACAAGAACAGCAGUUUAUAAAGGAUGGCUGUAAGUGUGUUUGUGUUCCAUUCAGACCAGAAUUUCUGGUUUACAGUGUCAGUGUGUUUCGGUGAAGUAGGAAUUUUGCAUAGGUAAAUUCUAAGUUUUGAAGGAUUUGUAAGAAAUGUUUGCGGGAACUGAUUCCGUGUUUAAUACUGAAUAAUCAGUUCCCUCAUGCAGACAUCCUACAAAUCCUUCAAAACUUAGAAUUAAUUUACCUUUGCAAAAUUCCUACUGUGAUCACAGAAACUUUGAUAGUGUAAACCUUUCUAUUCAUAGAAAGAUCUGGUGCAGGUUUUUCGAAAAUCUGAUCUUUUUAUUUUCCCUUUCUCUAUAUCUUCCUAUAGUUUGUCACUGGGGUAUCAACGACUGGCAUAAGCCGGGUUCCCAUGUAAAAUGUGGUUGUUUGAAAUGGUAAGUAUUGAAGAUAGCAUCAGAAAGAACAGCGCGCUAACACAUCGCUACUUGUGCUUUAAUCACUAUAUAUAUUUUAUUCAUCUAUAUAUAGUACUUGUGAUCUCGGAGGAAAUUGGAACUGUUCGUUCUUCUUCAAAUACUGCCCCUACUUUUGUAAGUAAUAUAUAUCAUUCGUGAAACUCGUUAAUAAUUCAUAAAGAAAACACAAAAUAAAUCUUGUAUAUCCGAUACAAAAUCAUUUUAAUAAACUUUAAGUUCAAUUUUCUCACCGAAUAUCAUUCAUUUAUUUCAAAUUGUUGACUAGAUACAUAUUGAUAUAUUUACAGAAAUCCCAAACUAAAGUGUCAUUUUUCUUCAUUCAGAUUGCGGUAAUGAGAUCUACAAUCCUUCCACGGAGUUGUGCUGUUGUGGUAAGAUAUAUUCAAAGAGAGAGGACUUUCAAUGUUGUGGAUAUUUCUAUUACAAUACCAAAACCUCAAGAUGCUGUAAUUUUUACUCAGUUAAGCCUGUAAAGACUGUCUGUCCUAAAUACCGAGUGUAACUCUGUAACUAUAUAUACCAUUAACACGGGAGACCGGUGUCACAGUGUGAUAUAUACAUGAAUAUUCAAUAUGCAUGUGUAUCCCUAGGUUUUGUGUAUCCAUAGUCUGUGAAUAUAUGAUGGCAGUGGCGUAAUGGGGGAAGAAGGGGCCCUUAGGCAUGUUUGGUGUGGGGGCCCCUGUUGACUGUUAUUGUUUGAUUGAGAUCUGGAAAAUUCCGUGUCUAUAACAAUGCCAAUAACAGUCUCCAACUGACAUGUAACAACGUUUAAGAAUAACUUUUGUUCUAUUUAAGAUGGAAUAAAAAAAUGA